ACAUAAAUAGUAAAUACUUGCAUUAUAUUCGAGUGAACUAGGGUUGGGCCUUUCGGCUUAAAUAUGGAUUUGGUUUGGUUUGGUUUGUUUGAGUCUACGAAAGCUUUAACAAAAGUCAACCCAAAUUAGUUUGGUUUGAUUUGUGUUCGGUUUGAUUUUGUUUGUCUUUGUUCAGUUCAGCCGAGUUGGUUUUUAGUUUUGUUCUAGUUCGGUUACAAAAAUAUAAUUUAUAAAACAAAUCAUUAUUUGACACUAAUUUUUUCAUAUUUAAACGUAAAGCCAAACAUCACAAUAAAAUGUAGAAGAUAUAAUCUAAUAAUUUUAUAUAUUAUCUUCGAACCUAAUAUAAAUAUCAUAGGUAGCUUUUAGGUUUUGAUAAUAGUGUUUGAGAUUCAUAUUUCUUUAUUUUUUUUGGUUGUUUCUUUUUUAUGAACCAUUAUUUUCUUUUAAUUCUUCGUUUUUAAUCAUUUUCAGCCAAUUCAUUGAUUAAAAAAAGAACGUAUAAUCAAAUCGUUAUCUAAAUAGAAAUUCACACAAAGUAGUGAAACAUAUUUUAUAGACCUUUAACUCAUAUAUACCAGUUAGUAUCUAAUAUGAUGUAUACUAAUAUUUCUUACAUAACAUAAACAAACUAUUAACAUUUCAGUUUGGUUUAAAAUCAAACCAAACUGAAUUAUUUGGGUUGAUAAAAGGUUUAACCAAAUGGUUGAGACAUAAACUUUGGAAUUGGCUGGAUCGGUUUGGUUGGUUUGUUCGGUUGGCUUUUUUGCCCAAUCCCCAAAGUCAACAAUUAAUUUAGAUUUUUUUUCUAUGAGUAAUAGAUUUAAAAUAGAAAAAUAAAAUUUUGGGUGAUUUGACAACUAAAAUCUUAACUUUAAGGAGUAAAAAAUAUGUGGUAAUUUACAUAAACAGAUUAUUUUCUCCACAAGUCAAAUGUCUAGACAUUUAUUUUCACAAAUAUCCAUAUAUAAAGUUCAUAUUCAUUCACCUUCACUUGUAUUCCAACAAUUCCUUAAUUAGUCUUGUGCUUUUUUGUGUUAAUAAUAAUUCUUUAGUUAAUACCCCUGUCCGGGAACGCGCUAGGCGCUAGUCGGACGGUUAGGUUGGGCCUAGCGCCUAAAGAGAAAAUCGAGGAUUAAUCAGAAAUUAUGCGGGGCAGAAUUUUUAGAUGGUUUACUAUGUUAUAGAACAUUUUAAUUUUUAAUUGUGUAUAACAUUAAUACAUUUUCAUGUUUAAGAUUGUAUAAAACACACAAAUAGAAUAUAUAAACUUAAUAUAGUGUAAUUUUCAUUAAAAUUAUGAAUAUAAAUGAUAUUUAUAAAAUUUUAAAUCAAAUAAACAAAUAAAAAUAUUAUUAAAAAAAAAUAGAUUAGACGGCCGCUUAGACGGCUAGGCGGUCAUUUAGGCGGCCGCCUAGAACAUGGGUUAAUACUUAAUCACCGGCCAGAACCAAUGCUUUUGAGAGACAUUUUUUUUCUUACAACGAACGAAAUUUAUUAUUCAGACUUGAGGUGAUAUGGGUAAACAUACCGGAACAGAACAACAACCAAUAAAACAAACUUUUCAGAGAUAUCAUAUAAGUAACAUAUAGUAUAUCACAUUUUAACUUAUUACACAUAUUCUUUACCUUUUAAUGAAUACCACCGUAUAAUUCAUGCCUCAAUGACAUCAAUAGUGAUGUCACGUUGAUAAUAGAUUAAUAAUUGGGUCUAAAUCAAAACAUGUUUGUCAUUAUCUCUCUCUCUCUCUCUCAAUUUGUAGAUUGAAUAAAACCAAAACUUCAAGAAAACGACUUUUGAGUUCUCAAACGAUGAAUCCACCAAAAGCAAUCUCCACGCUCUUCUUCUCCAUCUUCUUCUUCUUAGAUUAUGUCUCUGCUCAAUCUCCUCCUCCUCCUCCUUUUCUGUACGCAGCCAACGGCCUCUUUCAGCCAAGUUUAGCCAUCAUCACGGGAGUGUUCUCCAUCGUCUUCACACUCACCUUCGUUCUCCUCAUCUACGCCAAAUGCUUCCACAACGAUCUCAGAUCGGAGACCUACGAAGACGGAGAGAUACGACGACUAGAUCGUCUAUGGCAAGGACUCUUCAGCCAAUCUUCUCGAUUAUCAGGUCUCGACAAAACAGCAAUCGAGUCUCUUCCCUUUUUCAGAUUCUCUGCUUUGAAAGGAUCGAAACAAGGUCUCGAAUGUUCUGUUUGUUUGUCUAAAUUCGAAGAUGUUGAGAUACUUAGGCUUCUGCCUAAAUGCAAACACGCUUUUCAUAUUGAGUGUAUUGAUGAGUGGCUUGAGCAGCACGCUACGUGUCCUUUGUGUAGAAACAGAGUCUCCAUUGAGGACGAGCUCUCUGUUUUUGGUGGUGGUAGUAACAAUAGUAUGAGAAUCAUGAGUCAGUUAUCUGAGUCUAGAGAGGAAGAAUCGAGCAUGGAGGUUUACGUCGAACGCGAAGAAGGAAUCAGAGACGGGUCUUCGAGAUACAGCAGCUUCCGGAAGAUACUCAACUUUGGUAAAAACGAUAACUCGUUGUCGCUUGUGGAACAAGGUAACGAGAAAUGUCUGCACAAGUUCAAUCACAGGAUUGUUGUUUCAGAUGCUGUGUUUAAGAACCGUUGGAGUAAUGUGACUCCAGCUGAUUUGACCUUUUUGACAUCGAACAUGUUGAGUUCGACGUCAAGCGACAGAUUCUCGUCCAUUGAUCGAGUGCAGAGAGGUGACUUGCGUGACAAGGAAGAGAUUGAUAUGAAGAAAAUGGUUGAUAACAAAGAUUCUACUAGAAGAUCGGUUUCUGAGAUCACGGCUGUUCCUAGACUCAGCGUUGUUACUACAGCGGCUAGAGAAAACGCGGUUGGUGGAAGCAACAGCGGUUUGGACGCUUCUACAGCUUCCACAUCGAGAAGUGAUGUGAUUGCUGCGAUGGAGGAAAGAAGACGAAGGAUGUGGUUGCCGAUUGCUAGAAAAACAGCACAGUGGUUUGUUAACAGAGAGAAAAAGAAUGAACUAAAAACGACAGGACAAGAUCUUAACGUUUAGUUUUCUUUUAAAGGUCGUUGACAGUUUGAAGUUAUUUUUACAGAGAUAAUUAAGCGUGCUGAAUAAGAUUAGACUAAAUGCUUGGUGUUUAUGACUUUGUUGUACAUACAUUGUGGAUUGAUUAUGAAGAACGUUUUGGCCAA